CAUAAAUCUGCCUAAAUGUGAUAUUUCACCCAAUGGAACUUGGGUAGCUGGUGGACGAGAUGAUUAUAUGUCCAUAUAUGAAAGGAUGAAAACGGAUACUGUUGUAAUAGGCAGCGAGAACAACGGCAACUGUCUUGCUUAUGAAAAAAACACAAAAGGUGUAUGGAGUAUGUGCAGCAAAUCGUAUAAAGUUUUAUGUACGAAAGAUCCUAAUUUAUCCAAUGUUGUAUUUGAGGAUGUAAGAUAUCUUGGUUGGAACAUUUAUGUGCAAAAAUGUUUUGAAUUUCAACGUUUCCCGAUUACCUAUAAUGACACGUUGAGUGAAGAAGUGAAUCAAAUUACUGCUGAAUUAUGGAAGAAUAUUAUACGUAGUGAUGUGAUAUUCAAAUAUAAUAAUACUUUCAAAAGUCAAAUUCAACGAAGUAACUUUAAAGGGUAUGGAUAUGUUACUAAACAUGGGAACAUUACAACUCUUUCAUUUACCUUGAACAGUACAAACAUGUUGUCAAAGUCACUGCUACUCUCUUUACAUUUAGAAAUCAAAUUAACACGUAAAUCGUUGUAUCUAGAGCAUUUCAAUAUAAAGUGA